AUGUAUUAAUUUAAAUUCUUACAGUUGUCAAAAACUUUUUAAAUCACUUAAAGAUGAUUAUAAAUCUCGUGCAUCAUACAUUGCCUAUCUGGUGCGCUGCCGACAAGGUUUACUUUCCACUCUGGCUCAUUUAGAAAGUUUAAUGGAUCGUGUAGAAAGGGACAAGCUGGUGUGUAGCAGGUACCUGGUGUCUUUAUGUGUUCGGGCAUUUCUAGAGAAAAAGGAACGUACCAUUGAAGUAUUCAUACGAAAAUUCCAAGCUCUAACAGUUUCUGAUGAAAAGGCACACUUGGUAGAAAAAUUUCUACAUUAUUUAUUUUCCAAUAUGGAACUGGAUCCUACAUGGCAUGGUGCUAGUGAGGUGCAGCUGGAGUAUGCACAAUCAGUCAUAGAGAGAACUAUUAUGAGUCAAAUUUACAUACAUGCCAUGUAUCCCAAUGGCGACGGAGACAAACUACGAGAUCAGAUUCUUCACCAGCACAUGCAAAAGCUCUCUAAAGUCAUUGCACCCACACACAAGGAUCUGAGGAUUCCCAAGAUUUACCAUCAUGAAUGCCCAUGGCCUUCUGCUCAAGCUGAAAUUUACACCAUCAAUGCCUUCAAGACUCCCCGGGAUAAGAUCCAGUGUGUACUGAAAUGCUGUAACACCAUCAUGAACUUAUUGAGCAUGGCUAGUGAUGAAUCGGUGCCGGCCGCCGAUGAUUUUGUUCCCGUGCUGGUCUUUGUCCUGAUCAAGGCCAAUCCCUCUUCACUGCUGUCCACCGUCCAGUAUGUCGACACCUUCUAUGCCCGCAGACUGGCCGGAGAAGAUUCCUACUGGUGGACGCAGUUUUGUUCUGCUGUUGAGUUCAUCAAAACCAUGGACUACUAAACCAAAAGUCUUUGGGCAGGCUCCUUCCUUGGUGCCUUUGCUCCCAGCUCCAGAUGCAAAAGACAAAUAAGAAGAGACAGAUCAUCCCUUUCCAAGAGAAGAAAGUUUCAGUGGUCCUCCACUGUUUUAUAAAUAACGGUUAAUUUCUGUAUUUACAAUAAAAUAUUCCUUCACUA